CGCCCGCCCAGUCCGGCCCGCCCCGCCCGACGCCGCCAGGUGCCGGAGCCGCCGCUGGGAGCCGACUCGGUGGAAGAAGUCACCUUCCAAACUACACUGCUCAGAGGAGCUGCUUCUCUCAGCUGCCAAGGCCUCUGAGCUGUUCUGCAGGGAAGAGGACAGGGCUGCCUGAGCAAUGUCCAACGACCCACCCCCUCCCUACCCGGGGGGCCCCUCGGCACCGCUGAUAGAAGAGAAGCAUGGCCCCCCCUCUGCACCAGAGGGUGUCACCCCAGUGGUGGGACAGCCCCAGGGGGUUCCUAUCCCCCCUCCUGAGUUCGGACCCCCCCCAUAUGAGCCCCCCUCACAGCCGGGGUUCAUACCCCCCCACAUGCCCACGGAUGGCUCUGGGCCCUAUGUGCCACCAGCAGGAUAUUACCCACCCCCAGGCCCUCACCCCCCCAUGGGCUACUACCCUGCCCCAGGCCCCUACCCUUCUCCUGGUGGCCACACGGCCACAGUGCUUGUCCCACCGGGAGCUGCCACCACAGUCACAGUGCUGCAGGGAGAGAUCUUCCAGGGUGCCCCCGUGCAGACAGUGUGUCCCCACUGCCAGCAAGCCAUCACCACCAAGAUCUCCUACGAGAUUGGGCUCAUGAGCUUCCUUCUGGGCUUCUUCUGCUGCUUCGUGGGGUGUGAUCUCUGCUGCUGCCUGAUCCCCUGCCUGUUCGAUGACUUCAAGGACGUGACACACACGUGUCCCAACUGCAAGGCCUACAUCUACACGUACAAGCGCAUGUGCUAACGGCACCCGGGAGCCGCUGGAACGCCGCCGGCUCCGCCCCGCUGCCGUCUGUCCGUCCGUGUCCGCGUGUGCAUCGCCCCUCCCCUCGCUUCCGCCGGUGGUGUGUAUGUGUUAGCCCCGGCUCCCUCCCGCGCAGAGCUGCCACCACUGCCCCCAGCUCUGCUCCUCACUGGGAAUAGUUGGAUUGGUGACACUGGGGCACAGGGGAGGUGGGCCCGGGCCCCAGACGCUGCGUGGGAGCUGCCCUGCAGUGCACAGGAGUGGAAGGCAUCGCUCUGCACCCCAUUGUGCUCCAGGUGUGAGCGAGGCCCCUCUCACCUGGAGCAACCCCAGCAACUGCUGGAGGUGCCCAGCCCAGUCCCACAGUGCAGAGGGUGCCUGGCUGCAGGGAUGUGCUGGGAUGGGAGCCCAGGAGGGGACCCAGGCAGCCCACGGUGCCCUCAGGGGAUGCAGCACAGCCUUUGUGGCACUUUCAGGAAGGGGCUCAGCGACAAGGAGACAGGGCAGUGCCACCCACCAGGUGUCCAUGUGGUUCACAGCUCCCUCCAGCCCCGUGGCAAAGCCCCUUCCCGAGGGGAGGCAGAGCUGUCUCUAAGCACAGAGAGAGGCCUGGCAGCAGCACCCCACCCUUAUCAGCACCUCCGUCCUGCCCGGCGGCCGCUCCAGCUGCAUGCGCUCCUCCCACCCCCGCCCGGCUCUGGGGGCAGGGAUCUCCCCAGGCAGCCCCGGCCCCCCGAGAGCCAAAGCACACCCGGCAUGUCCCGGCUGCCCGGCACUAGAGUAGAGGAGUUUGUGACCAGGCUGCAGCUCCAGAGCCGCCCUGGGCCCGGCAGGGUCUGUAGGGUCUCCUUGCAUGUGGUGUAGGGGGUAUUUUUAGCUCACUCACCUGAGGCAGAAGGAAGGGGCAAGCAGGCAGCGACAGGAGCUGCCAGCAGCACUCCCCCAGCAGGGGCGAGAGGACCUGGGAGCCAAGUUCAGCCUCUCGGGGCUGCUCCUCCCUCCCCUGCAGCUCCCAGAGCAAAGUGGGGGAGGUCUCUCAGUACACAGGUGUGCAAACACAGCCUGGCCUGCACAGGCAGCUGCUGUUUGCUCGGGGUGGAACUGUGGCACUAGUCAGUGUUUUUAUGUAAAUAAAUAACAGACCCUGAA